AUGGUCCGCCCUCAGUCCUCCGCUGCCGGCGUGCUCGCUCUGCUCUCAGAGCCUGAGCCGCUGCUCAAGCAGCAUGCGCUGUUGCGGCUGAAUGACAUCGUUCCCCAGUUCUGGGCGGAGAUCUCGGAGUACAUCGCUCUAAUUGAAUCGCUCUCGGAGAGCGACGAACUCUCGCCAGAGGCCCGGGACUCAGCCGCGCUGUUGGCGAGCAAGGUCUACUACUACCUCGGAGAGUAUGACGAAGCUCUUUCGUUCGCACUUGCGGCGGGAAGCGCGUUUGAGGCACACGCGGCCACUGCUGGCGUAGGCGAAUACGUUGAGACCGUGAUCUCGAAGGCUAUUGACCGCUACAUUAGUGCACGGUCGGCGGAGCAAGCUGGAGAGGAAAAGGUUGACCCUAGGCUUCAAGGCAUAAUCGAGGGUAUUUUCACCCGCUGUAUCUCAGAUGGGGAGUUCAAACAGGCGAUAGGCAUUGCCCUUGAGUCGCGACGAUUGGACGUGAUAGCGCACAUCUACAAAACGACACGCGACGUUAACCUUCUCUCUUACACCAUGGAUGCCGUACUUGACACGGCAUUCCCUCUUGCGUACCGCGAUCAGGUCUUACGGUUCCUCCUCCCGCUAUACCCUCCACUCUCAAGCGAGAACAGGUCUCCUCACGUAUACUCCGUCACUCGAUUGCUCGUUACCUUGAGCUCUGCUGAGCUCACUCUACCUCUGCUCAACUCGCUGGUACCCAAGGACAGCCUCCUCGCGUACCAAAUGGCAUUUGACUUGGUGGAGGGCGGUGCGCAAGACUAUCUGGAGAGUGUGCGCAAAGAGUUGCCGGAAGGCGAAGAAGACUCGAAAGCAAUUUACGACAAACUGCGCCAAAUUCUGCUCGGGCAGGAGUCAAUCAAGCUUUAUCUCGAGUUCCUCAAACGCAACAACAAGACCGACAUGCUCAUCCUCAAGAGCACAAAGGACUCCUUGGAGGCACGGUCAUCCGUGUACCAUGUUGCCCUCACGCUACAGAACGCAUUCAUGCACUCUGGGACGACGUCGGAUGCCUUCCUGCGGGAAAACCUAGAGUGGCUGGGACUGGCCACAAAUUGGGCCAAGUUCUCCGCGACCGCUGCUCUUGGUGUGAUCCACAAGGGUCACUUCGAGGAGAGUAUGAACAUCCUUGGUCCCUACCUUCCUCAGCAGGGUGGUAAUGACAGUGGCAUCCCUGGUGCGCAAUACUCGGAGGGUGGCGCGCUCUAUGCUCUGGGUCUCGUAAAUGCCGGCGUUGGUAGUGGCCGCCAGGUGGAGGAGUACCUGCGGAAUAUGCUCCGGGAGUCUCAGCACGACGUCGUUCAGCACGGCGCGGCACUCGGCCUGGGUGUCGCGGGCAUGGGCGGCAAGAAUGCCGAGACGUACGAGGAGCUCAAGCAGGCGCUGUUCAGGGAGGACUCGGCGGUUGCGGGCGAGGCGGCUGGUUAUGCUAUGGGUUUGAUCAUGCUCGGUACGGCGGAUGUGACUGCGUCGGAGGAGAUGCUGCAGUAUGCUAGGGAGACAGAGCACGAGAAGAUCAUCAGGGGUAUUGCUAUAGGCGUUGCUUUCAUCUACUAUGGCAAGCAGGAGGAGGCCGACAGUAUCGUCAAGGUGCUCUUGUCCGAGAAAGGCGGCGAUUGGAGGACGGCUAUCCUCCGCUACGGUGGUGUCUUCACUCUCGCACUCGCGUACGCCGGCACUUCUAACAACAACGCAAUUCGACAACUGCUGCAUAUUGCUGUAACCGACACUUCCGACGACGUCCGAAGAGCUGCGGUCGUUUCAUUAGCGUUUGUGCUGUUCAAGAAUCCGGCGCAGGUGCCUCGUAUCGUGCAAUUGCUGAGUGAAUCCUACAACCCUCACGUACGGUGCGGUGCGACCCUGGCGCUGGGUAUCGCUUGUGCCGGCACUGGCCUCCAGGAUGCUGUAGACAUCUUAGAGCCCAUGACGAAGGACAGCGUCGACUUUGUCCGCCAGGGCGCACUCAUCGCACUAGGCAUGGUCUUGGUCGAGCAGUCCGAGGCGUCGACCCCAUCGCUCGGGUCGACGCGUGCUCUGUACGCGAAGAUCGUUGCCGACAAGCAUGAAGACCCUAUGGCCAGAUUCGGCGCCGCGUUGGGACAAGGAUUGAUCGACGCAGGUGGUCGCAACGUCACCAUCAGCUUGCAGAGUCGUGCCGGUAGCCGUAACACGAACGCCAUUGUUGGUAUGGUGCUGUUCUGCCAGUUCUGGUACUGGUAUCCUCUCGCGCAUUGUGCAUGCCUUGCGUUCGACCCGACGGCUAUCAUUGGCUUGGAUGGCACCCUGCAGGCGCCGCAGUUCGAUUUCAUCUCCAACGCUCGUCCGAGCUUGUUCGCUUACCCUGCGCCUACUAAACCACCAAAGAAGGAGGCAGUAGCCAAGGUUGCCACCGCUGUCCUUUCUACGACUGCCCGGGCGAAGGCACGGGAAAAGAAGAAGGCUGCUGAAGGCGAGGGGGGUGUAGCGCCAGAUGCCAAGAAGGACGGUGACGUCGAGAUGAAGGACAGCGAAGCCUCGACGUCUACACCCAAGCGCAAGGAGCCGUCUGUCGAGAAACUGCCAAACUUCUCGCGCGUCGUGCCCGCGCAAGUGUCUUACAUCAGCUUCCCGCAGGAUAGCAGGUAUCAGCCAGUCAGAGUGGUGUCAACAAGAAGCGUACCUACGAAAGGUGGCAAGGCGUCUGCACCAAAAUCGUCUCUCGUACCGGGCAUCACCUCAGAGAGAUACGCGGGCGGUGGUGGCAUCCUGAUCCUUGCAGACCAACGUCCUGACGAGGAGCCGGACUACAUCGAAUUCGAGACGCAGGCCAUCCUUGCUGCGAAUGAAGCUGCUGUUGCUGCAGACGACCGUGCAGCGCAUGUUUCGGAGGGUCGUCACAUCGCACUCGAUGAGAACGCUCCUGAGGUCACAUCCCCACCAGAAUCCUUCGAGUAUCCAUUUGAUCAUGACACAUGA